GCACCUUCCCUCCCCGGACGGACUAUCUUCCUUUUUAUUUUUAUUCCUGGCCUCUACUUCUACUUCUACCUCUACCUCUACCUCUACCUCUAUCUCCCCUCCAUCUGAACUCUCUCCCACUUGACGUCCAAUACUCACCACGAUCCUGCAUCACACUGUGCUUGUUUCACUCACUCUUCUGCUUCUUUAUCUAAAGGUGGUCUGGUGAUGAUAAGGCGUGACAGACAAGGACCCUGAACCUGACCCUCAUUUCACGAUAACGAUUAGAGACGGCGCCGAUAAGCCCCCAUAAUUGGCUCCUCUGCCCCUCUAUCAACAGCCCAGCCCUCACGACUCAAGACAUUGGAUCAACACCCCAGAAUCAUUCGUUCAACAGCACUCAUCACGUCGUCCUCUUAGACAUCUCCGUCCCCUCUAAAAUCGCUCAACCGACCGACACUCAUCACCGCACUUUCCACAAGGUCCUCACUCCUAACCUUUUCGAACAUCCCCCCUCCGACCUUCUAUCCCCCAGAAAAAUCUUAUUCCAGUAUCUCUUCGUUACCAGUCGACUGCACAUCCCUACCUGAAUCGGGCAAACAAACUCAGCGAACCGCUCGCUCUCCGGGGAAGAGGGAGGCCAGUGGGCAGGGAGAACCCCGCAUAAGCCAGACAUCCUCUGGGACAACAGAAAACAUUCCCACAUUCUUCGCACACGAAAACCUCCGUCGCAAUCAUGUCGAGCCCCUUCCCAGACAUGAUUCUCGAAACUAGAACAUCCCCAGACAUCACAGUCGAACAUGUCGAAACCAUUGCGAUCGAACGGCCAAAACCCAAGGGAAGAGCCAAACUCUUGAAUGGCUUGCAACGAAUAUCUUCCUCGCCUUCCCUGGCACAAUUAGGUCGCAGAAGAGCGACGAGCAAUCCAUAUGGCGGAAGAACGACAUUGUCGUGUGUCAGUUUGGCAAAUGGAAGCUCUCCAAGAAACAACGACGGUUCUUACAUGUCUCAAUCAUCUGCGGCGGGAUUCUCGACCGCCCCGACAUCCGUACCCAAUACUCCUGGAUUCGACGGCCCUUCCUUUGAAGAAAAUUUACUGCCUAUCAGGAGGAUCGAGCAGGGUAAUUUGACACCUGGUACUGCAACGCCUACGAGUGCUCUACCACUUCUCCCUCGUUCUCGAGGAAAUACCCAAUCCACGAUUCCUGAGAUAUAUGAGGAUUAUUUCUCUUUGCCAGUUGCUGCAUCAAAGCGAGUGCGAAGAGCAAAUUUCGACUUUUGGGGAGAAAUGCCACACGAGGUCAAGCUAUCGAUUCUCGCAUUUUUGACACCAAAGGAACUGGUUCGAGCCUCAGCUAUCAGCCAGGCAUUUCACAAGCUCUGCUUCGAUGGGCAACUUUGGACUUGUUUCGACGCUUCAGAGUUCUAUACAGAAAUCCCAGCCGAGUCUCUGGCGAAGAUCAUUGUUUCUGCAGGACCUUUCAUCAAGGAUCUUAAUUUACGCGGCUGUAUUCAGGUUGAGCAUUACAAACGAGCAGAGGUGGUUGUAAAGGCUUGCCGAAACCUCAUAAAUGCUACUUUCGAGGGAUGCAAGAACUUCCAGAGGCCUACCCUGCAUAAUCUUCUCAAGACGAAUGACAGAUUAGCUCAUUUAAAUCUCACUGGACUGAACGCCGUCACCAAUGGCACUUGCAAGAUUAUUGGCCAGUCCUGCCCAAUGUUGGAGAUGUUCAACGUGUCUUGGUGUACUCGUAUGGAUGCUCGAGGUAUCCAGAGUGUUAUUCUUGGAUGUCCGAAGUUGAAAGAUCUACGAGCUGGAGAAGUCAGGGGAUUUUGGAAUACCGACCUUGCUCAGAGUCUCUUUGAAACGAACAACCUUGAGAGAUUGGUCUUGAAUGGUUGUCACGAACUCAAUGAUGAGGCUUUCCGAAUUAUGCUCACAGGUAAAUCUCCGGAUGUCGAUAUCCUCACGGGUAUCGCGGAGGUACCUCCGCGCAAACUUCGACACCUGGAUCUCAGCCGCUGCGGCCGUCUGACAAGUGCGGGUGUGAAAAUGCUCGCUCAUUUGGUGCCUGAUCUCGAAGGACUUCAACUCAACGGAUGCCCAGCAUUUACUGAUGCCGCACUUGAGCCUGUCCUUGCUACAACCCCGAGACUUACCCAUCUCGAUCUCGAGGAACUUUCCGAACUCACCAAUAACCUCCUCUCCGAGACUCUCGCUAAAGCACCUUGCGCACCCAAUCUCGAACACCUCUCGAUCAGCUACUGCGAAAACCUGGGCGAUGCGGGUAUGCUUCCCGUAAUCCGAGCCUGCACCAGCCUCCGCAGCAUCGACAUGGACAACACCAAGAUCAGCGACCUCGUCCUUGUCGAAGCCGCUUCUAUGGUUCGCGCUCGCUCAGCACGCACUACUUCUACUCGUGCCCGUCCCCGUAUCUCCCUCCAAAUGAUCGUCUUUGACUGCUCCAACGUAACCUGGACCGGCAUCCGGGAAGUCCUCUCACGCAACUCCGAAGUCAGAAAGCCAAACGGUAGUGACCAGGGUGCUACCUACCCCACCGAGAUCAUCGGCAUGAAAUGUUUCUACGGCUGGCAGAUGACUGUUGACGAGCAUCAGAAGCGGAUCAUGAGAGGUGAUUUGCCCGCUGCUGGACGUCUGGUCAGAAAAUGGACGGAGUGGAUGAUGGCUAAUGAGGAGGCUGGUGUGGCGGGUACUGGAGCCAGGAGGAGGAGGAGGAGAGCGAGAGAGGCGCAGAUGAUGCAUGCGGAUGAGGAGGAGGGUGGUGCUGGGAUGGGAGGGAUUGGACGAAGGAGGAGGGCGAGGAGUAAUGGAUGCCAGAUUAUGUGAGGUGAUGGCAUCUAAGGAUAUUUCUUUUUUGGCUGUGGUUUUUCGGUCUGGAUUUCUUAUGCCCUCUUCGCGCUGGUUUGUUUUUGGAUGGCUUUCGCAUUGUUUUUGUCCCAGAGCUUGGCCGGCUUCGCUUACCUUCAGCGGCGAGUCUCUGGAUCUGAUUUCAUGUGCUUUUUUGGUGCUCUUUGGUUUGGUGUGGUUUGGUUUGGUUUGGUUUGGUUUGGUUUGGUUUGGUUUGGUUUGGUUUGGUUUGGUUUGGUUUGGUUUGCUUUGCUUUGCUUUGGUUUGCUUUGGAAUGGGAAUUGGACUGGAUUGGAUUUGACUGGAGUAUGGGCAUGGACUUGGGGUACAGGUAGAUCGAUUACGGGACUGGAUCACGUCGUUCUUCUUCGGCAGAUUUAGGAUUGGGAUUUGUUUAGGUUUUGGGUGAUAGAACACUGGACUUUUGAGAAGGGUUGACAAGGUGGGAGACAGACACAUGUUCGGAAGGAGGAGAUCUUUCUAAGUAUGGAGGAUUUGGCGAGGAUGGUGAGGAUGAUGCCGAUGUCCAGAGGUAGAUAGUAGUGAGUGAAUCAGUUAGUCGAUUGAGAGAAUAUAUAUGCUUGCAUGUUUGAAAUACUCGGUAUCUGAUAAAGGAUGAGAAACUGAAAAUGCUGUUCUAGAAUACGAUUCUAGGACCUAAU